GGCGGGGUCAGACGGGGGUCAGUUAGCGCGGGAGCCUGGUCUGCAGCUCGCCGGGAACGGAAGCCGCUGCGGAACGCGGAGGAAGCCAGGAUGGCGACUCCGAGCGGGAGGGCUGCGACCCCGAACCCUCAGGCUUCCAAGAGGGCUUUCCCCAGAGAUGCUUCUUCCGAGGUGCCGAGCAAGAGGAAGAACUCGAACCCGACGUCGACUCUGCCGCGGCCAUCCGGGUCCUUCGUGGAGGGCUCAAUCGUCCGCAUCGCCAUGGAGAACUUCUUAACAUAUGAUAUCUGUGAAGUGUCUCCUGGGCCCCAUCUGAAUAUGAUUAUUGGAGCUAAUGGAACGGGGAAGUCAAGCAUAGUGUGUGCCAUUUGCCUUGGACUGGCAGGCAAACCCGCGUUCAUGGGACGUGCAGAUAAGGUUGGGUUUUUUGUGAAGAGAGGAUGUUCCAAAGGUGUGGUUGAAAUUGAACUGUUCCGGAUUUCGGGAAAUCUUGUAAUCACCCGUGAGAUUGAUGUGAUAAAAAAUCAGUCCUUUUGGUUCAUCAACAAAAAACCUGUAACCCAGAAAAUAGUGGAAGAACAAGUUGCAGCCUUAAACAUCCAAGUGGGCAAUCUAUGCCAGUUCCUGCCUCAGGACAAAGUAGGGGAAUUUGCUAAACUCAGCAAAAUUGAACUACUUGAAGCUACUGAGAAGUCAAUUGGCCCUCCAGAGAUGCACAGAUACCACUGCGAACUCAAAAACUUCAGAGAGAAGGAGAAGCAGCUAGAGACUUCUUGCAAAGAGAAGACUGAAUACCUAGAGAAAAUGGUUCAGAGAAAUGAAAGAUACAAACAAGAUGUGGAAAGAUACUAUGAACGAAAGCGACAUUUAGAUUUAAUUGAGAUGCUUGAAGCAAAAAGACCAUGGGUGGAAUAUGAGAAUGUACGUCAGGAAUAUGAAGGUGUGAAACUAAUUCGUGACCGAGUGAAAGAAGAAGUCAGAAAACUUAAAGAAGGGCAAAUUCCUAUGACACGUCGAAUUGAGGAGAUUGAAAGACAGCGUCGUACUUUGGAAACUCGAAUAAAAGAAAAGGCAAAUGAUAUUAAGGAAGCAUCUCAGAAAUGCAAGCAAAGGCAAGACCUUAUAGAACGGAAGGAUAGACAUAUUAAGGAACUUCAGCAGGCCUUAACAGUCAAACAGAAUGAAGAACAUGACCGGCAGAAGAGAAUAAGCAACACCCGCAGGAUGAUAGAGGACUUGCAGAAUGAGCUCAAGACUGCAGAGAACUGUGAGAACCUUCAGCCUCAGAUUGAUGCUAUCACAAAUGAUCUGAGGCGAGUUCAAGAGGAAAAGGGAUUGUGUGAAGGCGAGAUCAUUGAUAAACAAAGAGAAAAGGAGAUGCUAGAGAAGCAGAAACGGAGUGUGGGUGAUCAUAUCAUACGUUUUGACAAUCUUAUGAAUCAAAAGGAAGAUAAGCUGAGACAGCGGUACCGGGACACAUACGAUGCAGUCUUGUGGCUGAGAAAUAACAGAGAUCGGUUUAAGCAAAGAGUCUGUGAGCCCAUAAUGCUCACGAUUAAUAUGAAAGAUAAUAAAAAUGCAAAAUAUGUUGAAAAUCAUAUUUCAUCAAAUGACUUAAGAGCCUUUGUGUUUGAAAGUCAAGAAGAUAUGGAGAUUUUCCUCAGAGAGGUUCGUGACAAUAAGAAGUUAAGAGUAAAUGCUGUUAUUGCUCCCAAGAUUUCAUAUGCAGACAAAGCACCUUCAAGAUCUCUGAAUGAGUUAAAACAGUAUGGCUUUUUUUCAUAUUUGCGAGAGCUGUUUGAUGCACCUGAUCCUGUGAUGAGUUACCUUUGCUGCCAGUAUCAUAUUCAUGAAGUUCCUGUGGGAACUGAAAGAACCCGAGAAAGAAUUGAACGGGUAAUACAAGAAACUCGAUUAAAACAAAUUUAUACAGCAGAAGAAAAGUAUGUGUUAAAAACUUCUUUCUAUUCAAAUAAAGUUAUUUCUAGUAACACAUCCCUGAAAGUAGCACAGUUCCUCACCGUCACUGUAGAUCUAGAGCAGAGAAGACACUUGGAAGAACAACUGAAGGAAAUUAAUAGAAAAUUGGAAGCAGUGGAGUCAGGAUUGGUGGCCUUGCGUGACACAAACAAGCAUCUCGAGCUCAAAGACAAUGAGCUGAGACUGAAGAAGAAGGAGCUUCUUGAAAGAAAAACCAAAAAAAGACAACUGGAGCAGAAAAUCAGCUCCAAGCUUGGAAGUAUAAGGCUGAUGGAACAAGAUACUUGCAAUCUGGAAGAGGAAGAGCGAAAAGCAAGUACCAAAAUCAAAGAAAUAAAUGUUCAGAAAGCAAAACUUGUUACUGAAUUAACAAGCCUAGUCAAGAUUUGCACUUCUUUGCAUAUACAGAAAGUGGAUUUGAUUCUUCAGAAUACUACAGUGAUCUCUGAGAAGAACAAAUUAGAAGCAGAUUACAUGGCAUCAUCUUCACAGCUGCGUGUCACAGAGCAACAGUUCAUUGAAUUGGAUGAUAAUAGACAGAGAUUGUUACAGAAGUGCAAGGAACUUAUGAAGAGAGCUAGGCAAGUAUGUAACCUGAGUGCAGACCAAGCCGUUCCCCAAGAAUUUCAGACACAAGUACCCACCAUUCCAAAUGGACACAGCUCCUCACCCCCCAUGGCUUUUCAAGAUCUUCCAAACACAUUGGAUGAAAUUGAUGCAUUAUUAACUGAAGAAAGAUCAAGAGCUUCCUGCUUCACAGGACUGAAUCCUACAGUGGUUGAGGAAUACACAAAAAGAGAGAUAGAAAUACAGCAACUCACUGAAGAACUAAAGGGGAAGAAGGUUGAACUAGAUGAAUACAGGGAAAACAUUUCACAGGUGAAAGAAAGGUGGCUGAAUCCCUUAAAGGAGCUAGUGGAAAAAAUCAAUGAGAAGUUCAGCAACUUUUUUAGUUCCAUGCAGUGUGCUGGUGAAGUUGAUCUUCAUACAGAAAAUGAGGAAGACUAUGAUAAAUAUGGAAUCCGAAUUAGAGUAAAAUUUCGAAGUAGUACUCAGCUGCAUGAGCUAACUCCUCAUCAUCAGAGUGGAGGGGAAAGAAGUGUUUCUACCAUGUUGUACUUGAUGGCACUGCAGGAGCUUAAUAGAUGUCCGUUCAGAGUAGUUGAUGAAAUCAAUCAGGGUAUGGACCCAAUCAAUGAACGAAGAGUGUUUGAAAUGGUUGUGAACACUGCCUGUAAAGAGAACACAUCUCAGUACUUCUUCAUCACACCAAAGCUUCUACAAAAUCUUCCUUAUUCUGAAAAAAUGACAGUAUUGUUUGUCUACAAUGGCCCACAUAUGUUGGAACCAAACCGAUGGAACUUAAAGGCUUUUCAAAGGCGGCGGCGAAGGAUUACCUUCACUCAACCUUCUCAGUGAAAGAAAAGGGAGGGGACUUCAGAGGUUUUUCUUUUAACUGUUUAUACGUGUGGCUCAAGUGAAUAAAAGUUAGCAGAUUUAUUGAAAGAGAAAGAUUGGUUAUUUUUGGAAACCUGCAUUUAAAAACAAAUAGGUUUGAAAUGGAGACCACAGUGACUCUGGAACAUUUUCUAGUGAAAAUUAAGUCUUCGGUUUGGUUGAACUUGACUUUUUAGUCCUCUGUGAGCACUGGAUUGUAUGUAACAAUGUAUACUGUCCACAGGUCUGGUGGCUCACAUCUAAUCCAGCACUUGGGAAGUGGAGGCAGGAAGAUCAUGAGUUUGAGGCAAAUCUGGACUGCAAAGUGAGAUCCAAUCCAUGUAGGCUGUAGAGUGGGAUCGUGUGUCAUAACAAAAAAGCUAUUUCCUGUUGCAAAUCGGAAGUAUGAUAGAAUGGGGAUUUCAUUUACAAAGCAUUUACUAAGUGUGGCAGCUCUGAGUACUGAUUACAAGAGAACUUUGACUUUCAGAGCUUAAAGGCAACUCAGAAAUCCCACUUUUCUUCCAGUGUUAUAUUUCAUUUUUAAAAGGUAAUGUGAGAAUGUCUACUUAAUGGACAGUAGUUUGUGGCAGAUCUGUUCAUUUCUUUGUGUUAAAGGUUACCUUAUUUUCAUAGAAAACAUGUUUAUGGGCCUUUAAAAGUUUUAGGCAACUUGAUACUAUAAUUUUAUUGGUAUUUCAAAGAAUUGGGAAAACGUACACAUGGGGCUUCAAAAUGGCCCCAGGAUUUGGAGAGGUCACGAGGUAAAGAUGUCACAGAGUAUGGCCCACACAUUGGCAGAAUGAAAUCAGCUGACAAGGACUCGAAGAACAGCACUGUAAAGGACAAGUUUCGUGCUGGGGUUUCUUGUUCAGUUUUGGGUUUUUGUUUUGUUUUGUUUUUAAUUUGAAGUCAAAUGUAUUUUACAUCUUAAAUUUCUAAAGGCGUUUUUAUAAUUACUUUUAGUAAGCUUUUUCUUAAGAUUUCAUAUACGAGUUUUUACAAUUUGUAUUUGAAAUUUCUCAGUGCUAUGUAAAGAGUGAUGGCAAAGUAUUGAUUUGUUUAAAAUCAUAAUGUUUUUAGAAUUUGUAGGUACUUCCUUACAGUAUUGAUCAGACCCAGUAUUUUAGAAAAAUCUCAUCUAAAUUCUUUUCUUCUAGCCUGAAAAAAGUUAAGUCAGAAACCAUUUAUUUUUCUUUUGAGUAUGCUAAUUAACAGUGCCAAACAAAUUCUGUUCUUUUAAAAAUCUAAAUCUUGAAAGAAGAUAGAAAUGUCUUUGAACAGUAGACUGGACCAUAUCUCUGCUGGUACUGACAAAGUUAUUUUUGACUUGCUAGCCUGAAUAAAGUUCAGGUUUGUUUAUUUUUGUAAUAGCCAGUGAGAUUUACAUUCUUAGUAGGUUCACAGUAAUGGAACAUGAGCCUAUGUCGUCUCACUUGGACAUUUUCUCUUUUAAAAAGUUGUAUUUCUUUAUAAAACUUGUAAGAGAGUCCUCCCCUCUUAAACUAAGUCUCAUACAUGUAGUACAAAGAUAUUUUUAAUAACAUUUUUACUAGCAUGAACAAGUCAAAAAAAUUUAAAAACUUGGUGACAUAUUAGUGAAGAAUAUUACUAAACAUUUGUGUUGUUGCUUGUUUUUUUGACAUAAUAUCUUCACUAAUAUGUGUUUGAUGUAGUUUGGUUUUAUCAUAUCAGUGUAAAAACUGGAUUGAAGGUUAAAAACUGAAAAAAAAGGUUGAAGGUUAAACAUACUUAAAACUCACAUCAGCAAUUGCAUUUCAGUUUACAUAUGCCAAAAAAUAUUCCAUAUCAUGUUUAUAAGCAUUCAGUGAGCAAAAUUAAUGUUCUGUUUUAUAUUGAACUUUGGGCUGGGAAGGAUAAAUUGUGUAUCAUUUAUCAUAUUAAAAAUAGUCAAGCAUAAUAUGUCAUAUUUUCUGCAACUGUUGAUUUUUUUUAAAUUACAUUCAAAUUGUAAAAAUUCCAAGUAAAAGCUUGAUUUGAUAAAUAAAAUAUUUAAAACCUGAAGGUUACAGAUAUUUUGGAUGACUAAAUCUUUACAUUGAUUGUCAAAGGACAGUCUCUGUUAGAAGGUCUCUCGUUUUAAAAAAAGGGAGAAGGCUGGUGUUUGGUUUUGUUGUAAGAUUUAUUUUAUGUGAAUGGUGAUUUUUGUCUACAUGUAUGUCUGUAUACCACAUGAGUGUCUGGUUCUUGGUAAGGCCAGAAGAGGGCAUCAGAUCUCCUGAGGGUGGAGUAGAAGACAGUUGUGAGCUGCUAUGUGGGUGUUGGGAAUAGAAACUGGAUCCUCUGGAAGUGGCCAAUGCUCUUAACCAUGAUCCAUCGCUCCAUCCCCAAAGAGAGAUUUCUUGCUGCUUUCCAGUAGCCUUAGACAUAAGCCUGUGGCCUUUGAGGGGCAUCUUUUCAUUCUGGUGCCUGUAAAUGUAAGUGAUUAAAACUAUGUUAUAAAUACUACUUUGUUGGUAAUAAAUGCAUAUUUUCCCAUA